AUGCCUCAAGACAUGGAAGAAUACGACUACAUCGUAGCUGGUGGAGGUACGGCUGGUUGCGUUGUAGCUGCGCGACUGGCAGAAGACCCCAACGUUCGCGUUUUGCUGAUUGAAGCCGGAGAGCAUAAUCGGGAUCUCGAAACUGUGCACUCGGCCGGCCAGUAUGCCAAAAACYUUGAAGGGCCAAAUAGCUGGAACAUCAAAAGCGUCCCAAUGCCGUCAUGUAACAAUCGCAAAGUUCCUCUUCAUCGAGGCCGCUUUCUUGGUGGUUCUAGCGGAGCCAACACUUGCUUCGCCAUCCGAGGAACCAAACAAGACUACGACGACUGGAAUCUUCCAGGGUGGUCCGGCGAGGAAUUCUUCGCUGCCAUGCGAAAGUGUGAGACCUUCCACUCCAAAGAUUGGUUCCAGCAUGACCCCAAAGCCCAUGGCACCGAAGGCCCAGUGAAUAUCGAGCCACACGAUAUCGCACCGAUAACAGAUCUGAUGCUCGAGUCAUACCAGUCGUACGGUCUUCCCUUACAUCCUGACAUGUUCAGCACGGGUGAACAUGUCAAUGGAUGCGGUCACGCUCUACGUACCAUCUACAAAGGCCAGAGAAGUACAGGGGCAGACUAUGUCACCAAUGAUCGUCAGAAGAGUAACAUUGAAACAUUGACCAAUACGCUCGUCGACAAGGUCACACUGGAACGAACCGAAGAUGGAGGCCUGCGAGCUGUUGGUGUAGAGCUGCGAGAUGAAGUUGAUACUCGCUUGACUGUCCGGGCUCGCAGAGAGGUGGUCGUAUCAGGAGGCGCAUACUGUUCCCCAACGAUUCUGAUGCGGUCCGGGAUCGGACCUCGCGAAGAGCUCCAAAAGCAUGGCAUCGAGUGUACCGUGGACCGACCAGGAGUCGGCCAGAAUCUAGAAGACCACGUUAUUGCAUUCAUCCCCUAUGAAGUCUCAAAGCCUCGCUUAACGACCGAUCAUCUCUCCUGGCAUGGAAAUGCAGCCGCUGAGAAUCUUGCAAACUACACCAAAGAUAAAAACACCUUCCUAGGAACAAUGCCCUUUGGAGCUUUCGCAUAUGCUCGUCUAGAUGAACGUCUCAAAGACUCAUCCCUCUGGCAAGAAGCCCGUUCUAGCGCUCCACCAGGCCGUGAUCCCAUGGGCUUAUCGCCCCAACAGCCCAACAUCGAGAUUUUCCACACGGAAUGUGCUCCAGCAGGUUUCGAACCCGAGGGCGGCGAAGCCAGUAUCUUUUGCACUGUCGUCGAGCUCUUCGGACCACGCUCUGCCCGGAUGUCAUAG